CUUUUCUACAGACUCUAACAGACGGUUUGAUCUACGAACCACCAUGUCAGACUCUCAAGACACAAGUUACACUAAGGCUGCCAGUCGAACCUACAGGAAACGAUUUCUCGAGCAAGCAUCUAUCUUUGUCAACCGCCUUCCACAAGAACAAGUGCCUUUGCAUAUCGACGUUCUUAAGCGGAGCCUGUCCGAUCUUAGUCCAUUGACGCCAGCCUUGAUUGGGUACGAACCGACUAUGGACAAAAUCGCUGAUGCUGUGGAAGAAGCAUCAGUCUCGGAGCUCAAAGAAGCGAUGUCUUGCGCAAUCCUGGUCAAGGAAAUGCAACCAAAUUCUUUUCAGGGCAGGGUGGAGAGCGCAUGGAUGCAUCUUAAUCGCCGUAUCAUGGGUGUGAUCACGGAAUGCGAUGCCUUUCGUUCGAGCGAAGAUGUCGCAUGGACUGCGCCCGUCGGUCCUAUGUCAGCAGAUUCGAGACCGCUCUCUAUCCCAAAGCCGGACAUCGGUGUCGGACUUCGCGUGAUCGAGAGAGCAGAGCUGCAAACGAUGUCUUCGCGGACACGCGCCAGGGAUGAGCUCUUGACUGAGCCAAUACUUGGGCAGCUGAAUUCGCACGCAGCAUUCAGGCUAAUCGCGACGCCUUCGACAGGGCUGGAAGAGCUCGCGUUUCCCUUUCUUGUCUAUGAGGCAAAGUCGGACUCGAGUUCUCUAUUCUUCGCGGAAAAUCAGUCUGCAGGUGGUGCUGCCAAAGCUUUGAGUCUUCUGCAACAACUCUGGUCCGAGGACGAUGGCACAGACACGCUCCCAGUUUUUGCCUUCGCUUCGUGCGGAACAUUGUGGGAAGCUUUCAUCGCAUUUUACCAGGAACAAAGCGAAUCGUACCAGGAAACUCGAUCAGACCUGUGACAUCGAUGUUUUCCAUCUUCAAGUGAUGUUGUUGCGGAUUCGCAAUUGGGUGUUGUCGAUGUACAAACCUAAAGUCGUCGUGAGGCCAGAACUCUUUGUCCG